AUGUCGGGAAAAAAGGAAAUCAGAGCACGAGAUAACGUACCAAAGCAGAUAGACAUUGAUAAACCGUACUGGGAUCAGAGCACUUACCGAGGAAGGGCAUUGCACUUUUUGACGGUAACGAACCCGCUCAACGUCUUCGCCACGAGCCAGCAGCUUGAACACGCGCGUGAUGUCGUCACAAGAUACAGACAGGGCAAGAACUUGGAAAAGCAAGGAAUUACCGAAAACGAGUUAUGGAGAUGCAAAUAUCUUUACGACAGCGCUUACCACCCUGAUACCGGCGAAAAAAUGUUAUUAAUAGGUCGUAUGAGCGCGCAAGUUCCCAUGAACAUGAUGAUAACCGGCUGUAUGAUGACAUUUUACAAAUCAACGCCGGCUGUAAUUUUUUGGCAAUGGAUCAAUCAGUCGUUCAACGCCAUAGUGAAUUACACGAACCGUAGCGGUUCAAGUCCGAUUCCGACGGAAACGUUAGCACAAAGUUACAUAGGCGCUACAGGAGGCGCCGUGAUAACAGCGUUGACCCUGAACCGUCUGGCUCAACGUGGACCACCGCUAGCAGGCCGAUUAGUGCCAUUGGCGGCAGUUGCGGCGGCUAAUUGUGUCAACAUCCCUCUCAUGAGGAUCACUGAACUUCAAAAUGGUAUUGAAUUACAAACUGAGGACGGCACAAAAGUCGGCCACAGUAAGCGGGCAGCUAAACAGGCAAUCGCCACUGUGACAUUAUCACGAAUACUUAUGGCUUCUCCGAGUAUGAUAUUGGCGCCGAUAGUAAUGAAUUAUUUAGAUCGAAGGCAACUAUUGCGUAAUGCGAAAUGGGCUGCCGGACCAAUUCAAGUUUUCAUUUGCGGAGUGUGUCUCACUUUCGCAACUCCGCUUUGCUGCGCUCUUUUCGCACAGCGCGUUCCUAUCUCAAUAAAUCGAUUGGAAUCUGACGUACAAGAGCAAGUACGAUCGCACGAUACCAAUCUAGAGAUCGUAUAUUACAAUAAGGGCCUUUAAACAAGACAGACUACCAUGUUUGAAAUUUUUUACCGGUCCAAGGACAUGGCCUACUCUAGAAACUCAGGUAUACACGAGACAUUCCCGAAUAGAAUAUUCGAAAACACAUGUUAUUAUCGCAAACUAUCAACGAUUAUAGCAAUUCGUUCUUGUUUGUAUUUACACUUCUAUAAAUAAUUGAUGUUCCUGAUCGUAAAAUCAAAACUGAUAAAAAUUAUCGUAUCAGGUUGUAAUUUAAUCUUGAACAAAAUUCACUAAAAAUUUCCCAAUUUUCCCUGUAUUUUGAUUACAACUUUUCUAAUUGCUUAUUUGAAAUUUUUUAAAAUUCUUUUUGAAGUACGUUCUUCACGUUCUCAAGCAAAAAAUUUCUAAGAAUUAAAUUUUUAGAUUUUUCAAGUUUUAUCAGAUUACAAAACAUCUUGAUUACAAAAUGAAGAAGUAAGCCUCCUAAAUUGUAUACGUCCAAACAAAUACAUACAUAUCUCUUCUUCUUAACCUGUGUAUAAUAUGUAUUUACGUAUAACAAAUCUCCUAAAACUUGAGAGAUCUCUCAAUGUUUUUUCUUAUUAACCUACACAGCAAACAUUUUUUAGAAAGCUUUCUGAAAGAUAUCUUCUGUCAAAUAUCUUUCAAAAAGUUUUCUGGAAGAUGUAGUGCUGCAUGGGGAAUAAGAGAGGGUAACGAAGACAAUAAAAUUCAAAAUUAAGUGUUUGAAA